AUGAGCGCCACAUCCUCCGUCCAGUCCCCCCACCCGGACGCGCGCAAAUACGGCGCCUUCCAGAACCACAUCUACGCCCAGGGCACCUUCCCGCCCAACACGCUCCCGACCGUGACGACGGACCCGAACAAGCUGGAGGCGCAGGCCGAAAAGGCUCUCUCGGCGCGGAGCUACGCGUACGUGGCGGGCGGCGCGGGGGAGAGGGCGACCAUGGACGCGAAUAGGUUGGCGUUUCGGCAGUGGAAGAUCAUCCCCCGCAUGCUGCGCGACACGACGCACCGCGACCUGCGCACCACCAUCUUCGGGCAGCAGUACGACAGCCCCCUACUCUUCGCGCCCAUAGGCGUGCAGUCCAUCUUCCACGAAGACGGCGAACCCGGCGUCGCGUCCAUUGCCGCCGAGCUCGGCGUCCCGUACAUCAUGUCGACGGCGUCGUCGCACAGCAUCGAGGCGGUCGCGGCCGCCAGCGGCGCCGGCCCCCGCUGGUUCCAGCUGUACUGGCCGCACGACGAGGAGAUUACGCUGUCGCUGCUCGCGCGGGCCAAGGAGAACGGGUUCAGCACGCUGGUCGUGACGCUGGACACAUGGGCGCUGGCGUGGCGGCCCUGGGACCUCGACGGCGCGUACGUGCCCUUCAUCAAGGGCGUGGGCGACGCGGUGGGGUUCAGCGACCCCGUGUUCCGCCGGAAAUACAAGGAGGCCUCGGGCAAGGAGGUCGAGGACGACGUCGUUGCGGCCGCGUACGCCUGGACGCAGACGGUGUUUUCGGGGCGCGCGCACAGCUGGGCCGAGGUGGAUUUCCUGCGGAAGCACUGGGACGGCCCGCUCGUGCUGAAGGGGAUCCAGCACCCGGCGGAUGCGCGGGAAGCGGUUGCGCGCGGCGUGGACGGCAUCGUCGUGUCCAACCACGGGGGGCGGCAGUGCGACGGCGCGAUCGGCUCGCUGACGAUGCUGCCGGAGAUUGUCGAGGCGGUGGGAGACAAGGUGACGGUGUUGUUUGACUCGGGCGUGCGCACUGGCGUCGACUGCAUCAAGGCGCUGGCGCUGGGGGCCAAGGGCGUGCUGGUCGGGAGGCCGUGGUGCUACGGCUUGGGGAUUGGGGGGAAGGCGGGCGCCAAGGCCGCCAUGCAGGGCUUGCUGGCUGAUUUGGACCAGAGCAUGGGGUUGGCGGGGAUUAGGGAUAUCGCGGGGUGUAGCAGGGAGAUGGUGCGGAAGGUCGAGUAUGCGGGGGAGAGGUUUAGCUCGAAUUAG